CACUGUUAGCGUGGGAGAUGCAGCGCGUCCUCGCUGUAGUUAAUGCGCGGUCCCGACUGUGCUGGAAAGAUGGCGGCGCUCAUAUCUCAUUCCCAGCUUUCCAGCGGGAACCCGUUGUAUGAGAAUUAUUAUAGACAGGUAGAUCCAGCUAACACAGGUAAAGUGGGGCCAAGUGAAGCUGCACUGUUUCUUAAAAAAGCCAGACUUUCAGACAUGGUACUUGGAAAGAUAUGGGAUUUGGCAGACCCAGAAGGAAAAGGAUUCCUAGAUAAACAGGGAUUUUAUAUUGCCUUACAACUAGUUGCAUGUGCACAGAAUGGCCAUGACGUUAAUAUGAAUAGUCUAAAUCUUAGUGUCCCACCAGCAAAAUUUCCAGUCACCAGUUCGCCGGUACUCAGUACAUCUCAGCCUACAAACGAUUCGCACUGGCUUCUGAGGCCAGAAGAAAAGGCAAAGUUUGAUGGUAUUUUUGAAAGUCUGUUACCUGUAAAUGGACUUCUUUCAGGAGAUAAAGUAAAGCCUGUUCUUAUAAAUUCAAAUCUACCUCUUGACAUUUUAGGACGGGUUUGGGAUCUCAGUGAUAUUGACAAAGAUGGACACCUUGACAGAGAUGAAUUUGCUGUGGCAAUGUAUUUAGUUUAUAGAGCUCUUGAAAAAGAGUCUGUUCCUUCUGUUUUGCCCUCGUCACUGCUACCACCUUCUAAGAGAAAGAAGGCCGCUGCUAAUCUUCCUGGGUCUGUUCCUGUACUUCCUGGAAGCCCACCUCCAAAAGACAGCCUUCGCUCCACUCCAUCACAUGGCAGUAUGAACAGCCUAAAUAGUGCAGGUAGCUUGUCACCCAAACACACAGUAAAGCCAUCUCAGCUAACAGUAAACUGGGUUGUACCAUCAACAGAUAAGGUGAGGUAUGAUGAAAUCUUUCUGAAAACUGAUACAGAUAUGGACGGCUACGUUAGUGGACAUGAAGUAAAAGACAUCUUUAUGCAGUCAGGUCUUUCACAGACUCUCCUGGCACAUAUAUGGGCUUUGGCAGACACAAGGCAAAUGGGAAAACUGAGUCGAGAUCAGUUUGCUUUAGCUAUGUAUUUAAUUCAUCAAAAGGUAGCAAAAGGGAUAGACCCUCCUCAGGUGCUUACACCAGACAUGCUUCCACCCUCUGAAAGGACAACUCCUGUACCGAGGCUCUCAGGGUAUAUGACACCAGUAGGACCAGAACUCUCUCCACUGGCAGACAUACGUCGUGACAGCACAAGCUCUCUUGGAUCAGGAGAAUUUAUUGGAAUUAAAGAAUUAGAUGAUAUUAGUCAAGAAAUUGCUCAACUUCAAAGAGAAAAGUAUUCACUGGAGCAGGAUAUUCGGGAGAAAGAAGAGUCAAUAAGACAGAAAACCAGCGAAGUACAGGAGCUUCAGAAUGAUUUAGACAGAGAAACAACAAAUCUUCAGGAACUGGAGGCUCAGAAACAGGAUGCUCAAGACAGGCUUGAUGAAAUGGACCAACAGAAGGCUAAACUUGAAGACAUGUUAAGUGAUGUUAAACAAAAGUGUCAAGAAGAAACUCAGAUGAUUUCAUCCCUGGCUAUGCAGAUCCAGUCUCAGGAGUCUGAUUUGAAAGCUCAAGAAGAAGAAAUGAACAGAACAAAAUCUGAGCUGAACCGACUGCAGCAGGAGGAAACCCAAUUAGAACAGAGCAUCCAGGCAGGAAAAGUACAGCUUGAGACGAUCAUUAAAUCUCUGAAAGCUACACAGGAUGAAAUAAAUCAAGUUCGAAGUAAACUUUCUCAGCUUCAAGAAAUGCAAGAAGAAGUGAAUAAAAAUAUUGAACAGUGUAACAGCGCACUAAAUGGUGCUCAUGGUGGAAGCUUGACCAACUUGGCAGAUAUCAGUGAAGUAUCUGCAGAGGAGAAUGGCAGCUAUGGAGUGGAUGAUCCCUUCAAGCAUAAAUCAACAGUAUUCACGAACAGUGUUCAAGAAAUGCAUACAGACCCAUUCCAGUCUGAAGAUCCAUUUAAACUGGACCCUUUCAAAGGCGCCGAUCCCUUUAAAGGCAAUCCGUUUGGAGGAGAUCCUUUCAAAGAAAAUGAUCCAUUUCGAACUUCCAGCACAGAUGAAUUCUUCAAAAAAACAACAAAGACUGAUCCAUUCACAUCAGAUCCUUUCAGUAAACACCCUACUCUACCCUCAAAGUCUGACCCUUUUGGGAGCAGUGAUCCUUUCGCACCUUCAAGUGUACCUUCUAAAGGACAAGACCCAUUUGGAAAUUUGGACCCGUUUGGGAGCAGUGCCUUCAGUAACAAUGCUGGCUUUGCAGAUUUUAGCCAGAUGUCUAAGGUGCAGUCAGCAGACCCUUUUGGGUCUUCCUUUGACAGUUCAGGAUUUUCCUCUGAUCCUUUCAGGAGCCAACAGGACACUCCAGCUUUGCCUCCAAAAAAGAACAUUCCUCCACGACCGAAACCCCCGAGUGUACCUCAGGUGUACUUGUACGCCACACUCCGUAAAAGUACUCCAGUAAACCUACCUGGGUCUGCAGAAUCCACCAAGUCACACGAUACUUUCCAGCCUUUUGGUGGUGACAUCAGUGACCCAUUUCAGAGUAAAAAAGGGUUCAGUGAUCCCUUUAGCAGCAAAGAUCCUUUCGGUCCUUCCUCCUCAAGUAAAACUUCUAAAGGCUCUUCCUUGGGUUUUGCAGACUUCAGCUCUUUUUCAAAUGAGGAUCAGCAACUGGAAUGGGCAAAACGAGAAAGUGAACGAGCUGAACAAGAAAGAUUAGAACGAUUAAGGAGACAAGAACAAGAAGAUCUCGAACUUGCCAUUGCACUAAGUAAAGCAGAAAUGUCAAGCUCCUAAUUAUAUUGUCAUUAUGAGACAAAAACAGAAGUAGUAAAAUAAAUUGUUUUGUAUACAUUCAGUUUGACUGCUACAAAAAUGUUUGGCCUACUCCAACUCAGAGUCAGAUAUCAACUCAUGGCAGAUUUAGGCUUUCAUCAUAUUGCCCAGUAUAACUGUAAUUUAAUUUCAGAGUUGGAAACACUUAUCCCACUGAGGUACUGAUGAUAUUAACAGUGGACAGGUCACCAAGUGCCAUGCAGGUUUCUCAUUGCAGACUUCAUUACAUGUCUUCCACGUAGCCACUCUGAGCAUGUUGCUUUAAAGCUAGAUUUAGCUUUGAGUUUAACAACUUUGUGACUAGUUUUGCCAGCAAGAAAUGACCUCUGUGUUACUCUCUUGAAAACUGUUCGCACUGGGUGUUGUCUUAACAAAACUGCCUUCUAUUAACACAUUUUGUGUGGUGCCGAAUGAGAGAAAACAGCACAUUUGUAGCUUUGGUGAAAGUGUUUUUUUGUAACUAUUUUAAGAAUUAUUUCUUAAAUCAAUGAAGAUUUCUAAAAUGUUUAUAUAAACUAUUUAAAUGGCCCUCAAAGCGGUUCAAGACUAUAUCUAGUACUGACUUAAUAACCUUGUAGAGAGAGUAAGGUUUAUCAACAGGUUUUUUUUUUGGCUUAAAAUUAUUUUUCCUUUGUUACUCCCUUUACAGAGCAUAUACAUUAUGAAAUGACAUGUUUUACACAGAGACACAGAAAUAAGAUAUAUUAAAAAAAGUUCUCAUCUUCAUAUUUUUCCUUAGUUACCUAUUACUACUUAAAAGAGCAAACAGCCUCUAUUCAUGACAGGUUAUUAAUGUGACUUUAGGGUUACUAUAUAUCUUGCAUAUAUUUACAUUGACAUUUCAUAUGUAUGCAUUCAAAAAUGCAGAAAUGUUAAAUAUGUUUGUGAGAUGAAAGACCAAAAAAAUUGCACAUACAUAACUGGAACUUACCACAAAUCACAUUAGAAAUGUCUACAUUAACAUAAUCAGAGCUUUUUAGGAGGUGGGGUUAUGACCUGUGACACAACAUAAGCGGGUUUGCAUGUAUAUGGGUGUAUCAAUUUACUUUUCCUGUCUAGCCGUACCUAACACUUUUAGCCUCAUAUGUCCUAAGCAGGACCUGACAGUAUCCUGGAAAUUUUCAUUAAUGAAGCAAAGAUCUGUAAAGUAUUCUGUGUAUCUACAGUGCACACUAUGCAUAGUUAAUGUAUUCCCUCGACACUGUUAAUGUUUAGUUAUGUAAAUGAGAACUUAUAAGUUGCGAUUUACAAACUGGUAUGUCUGUGAGAGAUGCACUUUGAUUGCCAGUCAUAUAAUAUAAAGAAAAGCUUCCUUAACUGCCUUGACAUUGUAUUACAUUGUUUUGUUACAGAGGCAGAUAGUGAAGUGGCAAAAUAACGAAAUAAAUAAAAUGAAGUAAAACACACACACCACAAGUGUUAUGGGACCAAAUAACUAGGUCUGCACAUUUUCAGUCUCUGUAGAAAGGCUAGUACAUAUCUAAAGUAAAACAUAUGAAGUAAAAUAGUUAUCCCCCGAGCACGCACACAAAAAAGCACAUGCUCUCUAUAGUUAAAAUGAUAUAAAACAAGAAUAUAAACCAGUAUAUGUGCUUUUACUGCUAGUUAUACAUUAUUAACUACAGGAAAAGAAGGGAGCUAGAAAAUGCCCCGCCUUGCUGCUGUUAUUCAUUUGCAUUAACUGCAAUUUGAUUUUUACAUUAAAAUUUAUUUGCCUCGGUCUGCUUGACUUUCUUUGUUCUGUUUAUGUUAAUUAUAAUGUCUACAUACCUAGUAUCUUCCCAGAAAUAUUUGUUUUUGCAUUAACUUUUAUGGUACACCAGAAAGCUUAUACAUUGCAAAAGACGGAGACUGCCUCUUUCUACAUUAAGAAAUAUUUAAAUAAUGCUUGAUGUUUUUGUUUUAUGUUUUUAGUGGAUGAAUGUCACUGCAUCAACAUUGGAUAUUCAUAGUCAUGUUUAUGUCUGUCCAGGGUAUCUUCCUACGUUCUACUUUUUAAAUUGUUUUUUUUCUUCUUUGUUUAUGUUGCUGCAUAUAAGGUGGAUAAAGAAAACAAGGAAUGUGGGUGUAUAUGUGGCAUGCUAGAACAGUAGGGAUUUUUACAUACUUCCAUGAAGUGUUCUAAAUAUAUACAUUCCUGUAUCUCAGUUUUUAACGUCGCCAGCCAACACAUCUCACACCAUUGUAGUAGCCUUCCCUGCAGCUACUCUGACUUGUGCUAUUGGUGAUGUUGUAAACACCAUUUGUAAUAUGAAUCUGUAGUAAAUCCAAAAUUGCCUGUAAUAUAUCUGGAUUUUUAUUUUCUCUCCAGAAUGAAAUAUUAAAAUGGGUAGGCAGUAAACUCAUUAACAUGUAUAAAACUAUGUAUAUUAUUUCAGUUAUAUUUGUCCUGUAAAAUGUUAUGCAACUUCAGACUUUAAAGAGAGAGAAACUAUGGAUUAUUUGAAUUUUAACUCCUUGUAUAUGUUUAUUAAUAUAAAUAAAAGUAAUGUUCAAAUGAUGUAAAUGGUGUAUGUAUUGUAUUCUUCCUUGAUAAAUAAAAAAGUUCUUUUCAUUUUUGAUAUUUA